CUGCCGAAGAUCAACAUGCACCGCUAACAAACAUGAACCCACAGAAGGCAACAACUGUUCAUGGCAUAUUUAGGAAAGCCGCACAUCGAGAUCUCGUACUCGAUGGCCUCCAUCUCCUUCCGGUUGCUAUAGUAAUACAUCAUGGCCGCAGCAACCUCUCAUGGCAAUCCCUCUUCCAGUUCACCUGAAAAAGGACAAAUCCAUAGAAAUACUCUUGGCAGCCAUGAGCGACGGGCAUGGUGUGUUGCCCCCUUUCCCGACAACGAACGGGUGGUGAGCGCCUCCGAUGACGACACUGUCGUUGUUUGGAAGUUCAGAACAAAGGAAAAAGAAUACUGCUGGUCCCACAAGGGCGCUACUGCUGUCUCAGUCUCUCAUGAUGGCCAAAAGGUUGUCAGCGGGGGUCGUGACUGCGCUCUCCAGCUUUGGAAUGCAGAGUCCGGCAAGCAUCUCGCUGGACCCUGGAAGCUGCAUAAACAGAGAAUCUGGUCUGUGUCAUGGUCACCAGACGGAAACCACAUUGCGUCCUGUUCAGAAGACAGUAUUCUCGUAAUCUGCAACGCUGAUUCAGGAAAGCCUAUUUUCGAACCUCUCCCAACCGAACAGGCGGCUGUUCACGCUGUCGCUUACUCCCCAAAUGGGGAGAGUGUCGCCACUGGAGGAAAAGACUCUACAAUCAAAAUUUGGGAUGCUCGCAAAGGGCAUAUGCAAGCAACACUGCGCGGCCACGAGAUGUCUAUCUCUUCAGUUGUUUGGACGAAGGAUGGGAGUCAAGUCAUCUCCGGAUCUGUCGACCAUACUGUUCGAAUAUGGGGCAUUACCGAGCAAAAAGAAUAUCAGCACACGUGUUUGCAACUGCAUCUAUCGACCACGCAUACCUUUGGAAUCUCAAGACUCGCCAGCGCCUUGAUGGCCCAUUCGAGCUCUCUGAAUAUGACGAGGCGAAUGGUGUUGCGCUCUCUGACGAUGAAAACACUCUCGCUGCUUGUACUGAAAGGGGUAAAUUGUACACUUGGAACAUCGGAAAAAUCACCUCAGUGAUUCACAAGGGGGACGUGGAGGACAGCAAGUUCAGCGACAUUGACGAUGUUAGGAUCUAACCCCCGAGACUCUGCGCAAAAUUGACUCAAUUGUGUGUAGGUCCAUGUCACUGAAAUGCCCGACCACGAUCCUCUGCCUCGUUUUUUCGAUGUAUGUUCGUUCAUGUUUUUAUCUAAUACAACUGCAUCACAAACUUAUUUAUCAGAGCAUGGGCUCAAAUGGGUCCCGAGGGACUCCCUCACAGAUGCGGAAUGGGAUCAGGAGGCCCUUGCGGCAGCGGCUGGUUUCCCCAUUU